GGUGACGUUCUGCUUUUUUUCGGAUUCCAGUGUCAUGGCGGCAGAGGGUUUGUAGGGAUCUCGGAAGAAACUGGGUUUUUCCCCCCCUUGUUAUGGAGAAGACGGCGCUGCCUCGCCGGUCUUUUGAGAUUCCCCGAGAGCCGUCGGUUGAGGAUUAUGAGGAGUCUAAGGGCGGCGACUCGACUCAGAGGGGCGAUUCCUGCUCUCCGUCUUUGUCCAGCAGUUCCGAUGACAUUGAACCUGAGUGGUUGGAUAGUGUACAGAAAAAUGGAGAAUUAUUCUACCUAGAAUUAACUGAAGAUGAAGAGGAAACCAUCCUUCAUGACAAUUCUCUUGCUAGAUCUAUGAUGAACCAUGUGAGAUUUAGUGAAAAUGAAGCUGAAAUUUUUCAUGAGAAAGCUGUAAAAGACAGAAAGUGUGAACAUAGAUUGCAACAGUUUACUAAUUUAUUAAAGAAUAAAGGUCUUCUGAGGCAUUCUGAAAAGAAGAAAGCAAGUAGUAAAGACUGUGUCCAUAAUUAUGGCCCAGCAUCCAUAUUGAAACACCAUGCUUGCCAUAAGAUGGGAGAUGUCGACCAACAGUUAUACAAGGACAUCUACAUUUAUGUAAAUCCACAUAAAGACUCAAAUGCUGCAACAGGGGACCAACAUGGGCUUCUGGAAUCCUUAAUAGGAAUUGUCCACCAACCACCAUGGACAACAGCUGAAAAAUACAGUCAUGGUACUGAAUCUAGAAGUACUAAUGAAGAAAAAAUUACAGUGCGUGGUUUUAUCCCAGGAAGCUCAGCAAUAAAGUCUGGACAGAUCUUAAUUGGAGAUGCCCUUGUUGCUGUAAAUGAUGUUGAUGUAGACUCUAAAAAUAUAGAAAGAAUUUUGUCUUGUAUUCCUGGUCCUAUGCAGGUAAAAUUUACAUUUGAAAUAGCAGCAUUUGAACCAACAGGAACAUCUCAGUCAAGGAGUAAACAGACAGAAUCUUCUGAAAACAAUUUGGUGAAGCUGCUAUGGAGAGACCAUAAUAACGAUUUGCAGUUCUCUCUGCAAAGUAUACCACAUAUUGUAAUGUAUCUCUCACUUAACUUGGAAUCUGACUCAUCUGAUGAGCAAGAAAUUAUUUACCAAUAUCCCAUAUCAAAAGCAUCUCAAAAAAUAAAAAGUGUAAGAGGAAUAUUUCUCACGCUGUGUGAUAUACUGGAAAAUAUGACUGGGACACAAAUAAUUAGUUCAUCUAUGUUUUUAUGUGGGAAAUUGAUCCAUGUGGCUUAUUGGAAGAAGGCUGACAAGCUGCUCAUAAUUGGUCUUCCAGCUGAAAGUGUACCUCUCUCUCAGCUAAGGAACGUGAUUGCAGAUGUUGUGAGAAUAUUGACCUUCAUGUACAAUUCCUUGGAUAGUGCUUUUUGUAAGGCAGGAAAUACUUCUAGAUUGGAUUACUUCUUCAGCCUGUUUUUCCAGCAAGUUCUUCAGGAUACCAACUCCAAAGCCAACCCUGGUUCUCACCACUAUGAUAACAGCUCAUUACUUUUAUACAACUUUCCAGGAGUACGAUGGCUGUUGUUGCCCCAAAAUAUUAAAGUAGAAAUUGAUGCAGCUCUGAGUGACCUGGAGGCAGCAGACUUUGCAGAAUUGUCUGAAGAUUACUAUGAUGUGAGACGACAGUAUACAUUUUUAGGCUCAUGUCUCUUCUAUAAGGGAUAUUUAAUUAGUAGUCACUUGCCGAAAGAGGACCUUAUUGAUAUUGCAUUAUACAGCAGGCAUUAUUGCCUUUUGCCCUUAGCAGCAGAACAGCGAAUCGGUCAGUUAGUAAUAUGGCGAGAAGUAUUUCCACAACAUCAUCUUCAGGAUUCUCAAACUUCAUAUAAAGGAUUCCAAGAACCCCUAGCAAGAUACUUCUUACUCAUUGUUGGCUUGAAGCAUUUUAUACUGAGUGUAUUGCUGGAAGCAGGAGGUUGUUCUUCCAAAGCUAUUGGAAAUCCUGGACCAGAUUGCAUAUAUGUUGACCAGGUGAAAUCAACUAUCCUUCAGCUGGAUGGAAUAGAUCUUAGCAUAGAUGAGAGAUUAGAAACAGCUUCUGCUCCAUUGGUGUGUUGCAUAGAUUGGUUCUUCCCUUCAUCGUCUGACAAAUUGGAGGGCUUUUCUAAUUCGUCUGUUCUCAGCAAAUUGCAUCAUAUGUCAAGUACUGCACCUUCUCCACCAAACAAAAAAAUCACUAAGAAGAAGCCUGUUCUUCCAAACCCAUUUACUUUUGGAACCCUGAAAAAGAAUGUCUCAGAUAAGGAAGCUGAAUUAUAUAAUGCUAUGAAGUUGACUUCGGGUCCAGAAAAUACCCUCUUUCAUUAUAUUUGUUUAGAAACAAUGCAUGGGAUUUUUAUUACUCCAACACAUGCUGAAGUAGCACAACUCAGUGGAACUAUCCAUCCACAGCUCAUCAAGAACUUCCAUCACUGUUGUCUUUCCAUCCGUUCCAUUUUUCAACAAACUAUGCUGAGAGAAAAUAAAAGGUCUGGGAGAACAUCAAAAUCCCAAAAAGCAAAUUUGGACCUAAAUCAAGUGAAAGAACAUGGUAUAUUGUUUGAGUAUGCUCCUGACAGCUGUACUGAUCAAAAGAAAUCCGAUUCCACUAUAAUGUACUGGGUGGUAGGGAGACUCUUCCUAGAUCCAAAGCCUCGGGAAUUUUAUGUCUGUUUUCAUGAUUCAGUCACAGAGGUUGCUGUUGAAUUGGCUUUUAAGUUAUCAUUUGGCUUAGCUGUAUAGAUAAACAUAUCUGCAGUUUUUCAUUUUCCAUGUCACAGAAAACACAAAAGUAUUACAUUGUGGUUUACUUUGGGGUGCCCUUUAUAAUAUUCCCUAAAAUCAGUCGUGUAAUAUAAAAACAUUUUACACAUUCAUAACACUACCCUGUUUCCUCCAAAUUAAGACAUCCUCUGAUAAUAAACCCAAUCUGGCUUUUGAGUGCAUGCGCUAAAAUAAGCCCCACUCCUGAAAAUAAGCCCUCCCCCAAAAUAUUUAAAUGCAUGCGCAGCAACCCUAACUCUCUGGUUAGGGUUAGGGAGACAGAGCUGGAAAUCAGGUAAGAUGGCAAGAGGAGCCCCAUCUUGCUCCACGUGCCCCAAAAUAAUAAGACCUCCCCGAAAAAAGGCCAAGCACUUAUUUCAGGGUUCAAAAAAAUAUAAGACAGGGUCUUAUUUUUGGGGAAACACAGUAUUUAAGGAAGUCAUUCCUUUCAGAAGACUGGAAGUUGGAUGUAUUAUAUAUUAAUUAUAUAUUAUAUGUAAAUAUUACCUACAGAAUCAAUGAUCAAGAUAUAUACACAACAUUUUUCCCAUAAAGCUAUAUCCUUGGAAGAAGUACCUUUAGAACUUGCAAAGAAUCUCACUCAUUUUGCAGUUAAAAUAGAAAUUUCUAUUAUGUACAGUAUGCACCUUUUUGGACUUCAUUUAAAGAGACAAUGUAAUGCUUGCAUAUUAUGUCAGAGGUAGGAAACUGUUUUAUUUCAAUUUGGUAUGGGAUUUAAGAUCAAAAUAUGUGGAUAUCUAAACUAAGGUUCAAAAUUUCAGAUGAUCACAAUGAUUUUAUCAGAGACAGAGAAAAGAAAACUUAGUUUCUGCUGUCAUCUAGUGAUUGUCCACAUUAUGCAGUCCUGAUCUGGUGGCCUUAACAAAAUGGAUUCCUUAAGUCGUGCAGAAAAUUUAUAUGCAAAUUCUUAGGGGAGGUAGUUUACCUUACCUUAAAUGGAUAUAGUACUUUGUGAUACAAAAAGAAUAUUUAGAAAAUACUUGUUAUAAAGUAAAACUGAAUGUUUCCUAGUACUUGGAGAUAAAUGGAAGAAUUGUCCAUUUUGUUUCAGACAAUGUUAUGACUUUUUUACAAUAAAGAAAUAUUCUUCAAAUA